CUUCAGCAACAAUAGUUUUGUUUAAUAUUUUAUAGGAAUUAAAUUCUGUUAUGUCGGAAUCACCAUCUGAUCCGCGCGCUAAGCGACAGCGCAUUGAUAAGAGUGGGCGCUUCGCAGCGCUAGAGCGCCUAAAGGGUCUCAAAGGCAACAAAAACAAAUGCCAGGUAGAAGACAAAGUGGACGACGUAUAUGAAGUCGUUGAUGAGCGUGAAUAUGCCAACCGUGCGAAUGAAAAGUACGGUGGCGAUUGGAUUGAAGAUGAUGGCACAGGAUAUGCCGAAGAUGGACGAGAUUUCUUUGAGGAUGAAGAUGGUUAUUCUGACGAUGAGCAAAAAAGUAAUAAUAAUGUCAAACCAGGCAACAGUAAAAAACGCCCACGCGAUGAAAGCAAACCAGCGAAGGGCAAGGCGUCUGUACGAAAUAUAUUUAGCAAAGCCGUGCCAAAUAAGCUGGAUACCAAGAAUACCGUCAAAGACGAUGACAUACUUGCUGAUAUUCUAGUUGAAAUUAAGCAAGAUCCGGGUACUGAAACUGCUACGAUGCAGCCGAAAAAAAUUAUUGCCCCAGCUAAAAUUGUAACAAAUACACACAAAACUGAGGGAAUUUCAAAGAAAGAGACUAAAGAGUAUAUAAAAAGCCACAUGAGCCAAGAUGUUAAGAGUAAGAAAAUCGAGCAAAGUAAUAAUGAAGCAGCGAAUGCUGCUUUGCCAGCCUACAGCAAAAAGGUGGAGCAUAGGAUGGGAGAUCAAAGCCAUGAUGAACCGCUGAAUGAACCGAAAGCGGCUGCGCAAGACUACACCGAUAAUGAUUUGGAUCUUAGCUGUCUGGAUGAUGAUGAGAAUAAGUUUGAAGCACCAAAGGUUACUGUAAAUAAGGAUGUAGAAGAUAUGAGUAAACUGCUCAACAACUGGGAAUCCAUAUGUCAAAUGGAUGAUGACUUUGAAAAAUCUGUACUGUCUAACGAUACGGAGACAGCUAUAAAAACCGAUGCAGAUGGCAAAGGGGAGCUGCGUUUUUGGUAUUGGGAAGCCUGGGAGGAUCCGCAAAAACUGCCUGGCGUUGUGUUCCUCUUUGGACGCACAGCCGAUGGCAAGUCUGUGUGUGCGCGUGUAGCACAUGUAAGCCGUGUGUUAUAUCUUCUUCCCAGAACAUAUUUACUGGAUCCCAUUACCAAAGAGCCCACCAAGCAAAAGGUCACUGUGGCGGACAUGUACACGGAGUUCAAUGAGACUAUAGCUUCAGAGCUUAAGUUGGAAUCGUUUCGCUCGCGCAAAGUGAGCAAGAAUUUUGCCAAUCAUGCUGUGGGCUUGGAAGUGCCACAGACUUGUGAUUAUCUAGAGGUACACUAUGAUGGCAAAAAAGGUGCCCCGCCCUCAUAUGGUCGCAAAUAUAAUUCGAUUGCACAUAUAUUUGGCGGUAGCACCGAUGCUCUUGAGCGUUUUUUGUUGGAACGCAAGAUUAAGGGUCCCUGCUGGCUGCAAAUCAACGGAUUUAUCUUAAAUCGAGUAUCUUUUAGUUGGUGCCAGACAGAGGUAACGGUUACUGAUCCAAAAAAUGUAAAAAUUUUGUUGGAACAUGGCAAACCAACAUCACCGCCGCCGAUGAAGCUACUUGCACUCAAUGUGCGCACCUCCAUGAAUCCCAAGACAUUGAAGAAUGAGAUUUGCAUGAUAUCCAUGCUGAUCCACAAUCGUUUUCACAUAGACAAGCCUGCUCCGCAGCCUGCCUUUAAUAGGCACAUGUGUGCGCUCACACGUCCAGCCGUUUCCAGCUGGCCCUUAGAUCUGCAGGCGCAACUGGCAAAAUACAAAUCCACCAAGAUCUAUAAACAUGAUACAGAGCGUGCGCUGCUCAGCUGGUUUUUGGCGCAGUAUCAACAAAUUGAUGCGGAUCUUAUUGUUACAUUUGAUGCCAUGGACUGUCAGCUGAAUGUUAUAACUGAUCAGAUUAUAGCGCUGAAAAUACCACUAUGGUCUCGAUUGGGUCGCUUACGCAUGGCAAACGCAGUUCACAAGCGUUUGUUGUUACAUUUUGUCGGACGCAUGGUCUGCGAUGUCAAGCGUUCGGCAGAGGAAUGCAUACGGGCUAGAUCCUAUGAUAUGCAGACGCUUUGCCAGCAAGUGCUUAAGCUACAAGAAUCGGAACGCUUGGACAUUAACGCGGAUGAUUUGCUGCAGAUGUAUGAGAAGGGUGAGAACAUAACUAAACUUAUAUCGCUAACUAUGCAGGAUGCUUCAUAUAUGCUGCGCAUAAUGUGCGAGUUAAACAUUAUGCCGCUGGCACUGCAAAUAACUAAUAUUUGUGGCAACACCAUGACGCGCACGUUGCAAGGUGGACGCUCUGAACGUAACGAGUUUUUGUUAUUGCAUGCGUUCUACGAGAAGAACUAUAUUGUACCCGAUAAGCAGUCACAACAGCUGAGUACAAAAGAUCAGCAAGCGAGCAACAACGAUAGUAGUACAGGAACAACUGCAGCGCGGAAAAAAGCUGCUUAUGCAGGUGGCUUAGUGCUAGAACCCAUGCGUGGUCUCUAUGAAAAGUAUGUGCUGGUAAUGGAUUUUAAUUCGUUGUAUCCCAGCAUAAUACAAGAGUACAAUAUAUGCUUUACCACAGUACAACAGCCGCUCGAUGCUGAGCAGUUACCUGUACUGCGCGACUCCAAUGCGGAGACAGGCAUCUUGCCGAUGCAGCUGCGUCGUCUUGUAGAAUCACGUCGUGAAGUUAAGAAGCUAAUGUCAGCACCAGAUAUUUCACCAGAACUACAUAUGCAGUACCACAUUAGGCAAAUGGCGCUAAAGUUGACGGCAAAUUCCAUGUAUGGUUGUUUGGGUUUUGCCCAUUCGCGUUUCUUUGCACAACACUUGGCUGCGCUGGUGACGCAAAAAGGACGUGAGAUUUUAGUUAAUACACAGCAAUUGGUGCAGAAGCUUAACUAUGAUGUGGUGUAUGGCGACACAGAUUCUUUGAUGAUAAAUACAAACAUAACCGACUAUGAACAGGUGUACAAAAUUGGACACACCAUUAAGCAGAGCGUGAAUAAACUUUACAAGCAGCUCGAACUGGACAUAGAUGGCGUAUUUGCUUGUCUGCUGUUAUUAAAAAAGAAGAAAUAUGCUGGUGUUAAGCUAAGCAAGAAUGCAAAGGGCGUAAUUAUGCGUGAGCAAGAGUACAAAGGCUUGGAUAUAGUGCGACGCGACUGGUCACAGCUGGCUGUGAUGGUGGGAAAAUCAGUUCUAAGUGCAGUGCUUGAAGAAAAACCGUUGGAGGAUAAACUAGAUAUUAUCCAUGCUCAACUCAUACGCAUCAAGGAGCAGCUAAAAGAGUCGGCUGUGCCGCUGCCGCUUUUUAUCAUCACCAAACAGCUGACGCGUGCACCAAAGGAGUACCUCAACAAAGCUUCGUUACCGCAUGUGCAGGUCGCUUUGCGAAUGAAUAUGGAACGCAAUCGUCGUUACAAAAAGGGCGAUAUGGUUGAAUAUGUUAUCUGCGAGGAUGGCACUACCAAUGCAGCCAUGCAGCGUGCGUACCACUUGGAUGAAGUGAAAGGCAGUGAGAAGCUUAAGCUGGACACCCACUAUUAUUUAAGCCAUCAAAUACAUCCCGUGGUUACACGCAUGGUUGAAGUUCUUGAAGGUACCGAUGCCAGUCGCAUUGCCGAGUGCUUAGGUCUAGAUGCCACCAAAUUUAGACAGAUUGCGCAACGUGUGGAACGCGAACGCACUGAAAACACUGAAGGUGAAUCUUUGAUCAAGACUAAACAGCAGUUAUACCGCCUUUGCGAACCCUUCCGCUUCAAGUGUAUGCAAUGCCAGGCAGAGCAGCUGAUGGCCAGCGCAUAUCGACCAGGCGCCAACAGCAGUCAUGUGCCUGUGUUACAGCAGUGCGCGAAUACAGAGUGUCAAGUAGCGCCUGUCCAAUAUCUAGUUAACAUACGGAAUCAACUGCAGCUGUCCAUUCGAGACUAUGUGCAGCGAUUCUAUCGCAAUUGGCUGGUGUGUGAUCAUCCUGAUUGCAACUACAAUACACGUAGUUAUACCACACGCAAUAAUCUGGUACGUCCGUUUUGCCCUAAGUGCAAAACUGGCGCGUUGCUUCGUCAAUAUACCGAGCACGAUCUCUACAAUCAGCUGUGUUAUUUGCGCUUUAUGUUCGACCUAAGCAAGCAGCAGAUUAGCCAGAAACCCAUCCUCACACCUGAGUUGGAGCAGGCUUAUCGGCUUCUAUACGAUACUGUCGAGCAACAAAUCCAAAGCUCAAGCUAUGUGAUCAUCUCUCUAGGCAGCAUAUUUUCAUGCAGCCAAACGGUGUUCACGACUCCCAAAUUGCUAAGAAUCGAAUAUUCGGUUGCCAGCACGCUAGCGGAUGUCUAAGCCACCACGCAACCUGAAUUUUUAUUAUAUAUACUACUAAACAACGUACAUAUUUACUUAAGAAUAUAACUACAAUUUCUACAUAGUUUAU